CCCUUAUCUCGAUGCCCCGGAGCAGUUUAGCCAGCUCAGCAUAUCAAGUUAUUUACUUAAGAGGAGAACCAUCUUCGUUGGAACAGGAACAAAAACAAACAGAGUUUUAACCUGAAGUUAUAACCGCAGAUCCCGCUGCUUCGUAGCACACAGGCCCCUCUGCGUUAUGUACUGUUGCUGCCAACUAUCGCAACACAACACACAAUUCAACACAACGCCCAAACAAACCCACACUUCUAAAAACCUUCGGAUCCGAUUUCGAAGCAGUCACGUUGGCUUGUGUGUGUGUGUGAGAGAGAGAAACGAAGCUGCAUACGUCAUUGGUCACGUGGCUCCAAUUGAACGAAUCCAGCUCCGAUUCAAAGCUUCACUGAAAAUCGUUUCGGGUUGUUUUUUCCUGCGGACACGCGCCUCGGAGCUUCGGUGUCACGGGCGCACACAUCAGUAGCCGCAGCGAGAGAAACGCUCGGAUCCAAGGUUCAAAAUAAUCCACGAUGGACUCCAGGUCUCGCCGGCUUCCCUUUUGUCUGUCCAGCCCCCGGUCGUCCUACACGUCGUCCAUUCCGACGGUCUCGUCCUCGUCACUGGGCUCCAGCAGGUUGUACAGUCGGGAGACGACGCUGAGCAGUGACCGCUUCCCGAGGGCUUCAUCAACAUACAAAGCGGACUUGGACCAACAGAAUUCUCGUCUCCUGAGCUCAACCAGAGACUAUGGCGGCUCUGACAGUCGGUCCUCUAACUGGAAGUUACCCACUUCUCUGACGUCCUCCGGCCGAUCGUAUGAUCGCCCCUGGACUGAAUCCUCCCUGAGCAGCCGAAGCAAACUGACUGACUCUGAGGGGAGGUUGGGGAUGAGCUCGGGUCUGUUGAACGCCAGCGAUGAUGGCGAUUCUAAAAGGGCCAAACUGUCGUACAGCAACAGGGGACUGUCCACAAGAACGCCCAGCGCCUUGGUUACAGCAUCCACCUAUACCAGUAAAGGACUCGGCAGUGGCAGAGGUAUAGGAGGUAUAGGUGAAAAACAAAAUUACACGAUCGAUUCGUCAUGGAGCUCGUGCCGUUUGCUCUCACUUUCGUCAUCUUCCUCCACAAAAUCGCUGUUGUCCAGGAGAGAGCAGGAGUCGAAGUAUGAGCCCUCAAGUCUCUCCAGUUUGGGAGACAGAAGAUUUCGGACUCCUGGAGUGUCUUCCUCACUGUACCAGACAGACAGGUUGACUUCCACGUAUGCACAGGGAGCUCGGCCUAAAGAGUCCGCCUACUCUUCCUCGUCCUCCGCUGCCAGAGAAAGCUCCCUGAGUCACCACCUCUCAUCCUCCACUCCCCACCGUUCGUCUCCCCUGGUGCGUGACUUGAGCAGCAGGACCCCGACCCGUUUUGUGAGCAGCUCAUCAAGCCUCCGCUCUUCUCCAGUACAAACCAGAAAGGUCGUGUCCUCCUCCGACACCUGCUCUUCUUACUCCUCCCACACCCCGAGGUACAGCGCUCCCCCCGUCAGGCCAGAGGCUACGCUCCCACCGAGGCCGGCCCCAGAAGGUGGAGAGUCGGAGGGCCGUCGCUCCACGCGGCGCCUUUUGUCCCGGUUAUUUUCACGGCGCUCCAGCCAAGACUCGUCCAGUGGAUCUUCCAGCGUUCGCUCCCUUGAUGAUGACAGUCCAUCGACUGGAGGGGAGUCUGUAGAUGGCGACGAGGUCGCCGGGCUCUCCGUUGUGGACCCUGAUGCUCGACGGUCUGAGACAACCUCGGAUGGCCUCAGAAAUCUUAAAGCGGAUCUCGCCCCUAUUCAGGAAGGGACCAGCGAUGGCUAUCGCAGCGGCCUGUCCGGGUCCAGAAUGACCUCGUGGAGAGAGCCCGGUGUCGGCAGCAGUAACAGCAGCAGCAGUGGCGUAAGCACCGGCCCCUCCUGGCUCUCCUCUUCUCGGUCGGAGACGACCUUGGAUGGCCUCAGAAAUCGCCGAGCAGACCUCGCCCCGAUUCAGGAAGGCAACAGCGAUGGCUAUCGCAGCGGUCUGUCAGGGUCCAGAAUGGCCUCGUGGAGAGAGCCCGGUGUCGGCAGCAGUAACGGCACCAGCAGCAGCGGCGGAGGCACCAGCUCGUCCUGGCUCUCCUCUUCCCUCCUAGGCCGCUGCCCUCCCUUGCUCUCACGCCUCCGGCGUCAUGCAAGCAACGGGAGUGCGCACACCGCUGCGGCCUCACAAGAAUGCCUCAGCCGCCCACAGCAUUUACUGAGGAGGUGGGACGGUGUUGAACACAAAACAUCACAGGAAGAUGAGGAUGAUGAUGAUGAUGAGGAGGAAGAUGAUGAUGAUGAGGAGGAGGAGGACGACGACGACGACGACAGCGAAGAAGAAGAAGGAGCAGUCGGCUUAGACGCCUUCGGAGUCCGUCGACCCUGCCGACUCGAGGACGAAGCGUUACCUGAACGUGAAGAUGGUUCAGUCGCGUUUCCGUCUCACCGCAGGGCCGGAGUGUACGAGAGCAUUUCAGCUGCUAUGGCUCAGUUGAGCAGUUUGGAAAACCAGCUGGACGUCCCCAAGGAGAAACCCGCCGCCAGCAGAGACCAAGAGAAGCUGCGUAAGAUCAAGGAGAGACUGCUCCUGGAGGAAUCUGACGAGGAGGAGGGCGACCUGUGCCGUAUCUGCCAGAUGGGGGAGGAAUCAGCCUCCAACCCGUUGAUCCAGCCGUGCCGCUGCACAGGCAGUCUGCAGUACGUCCACCAGGACUGCAUCAAGAGGUGGCUUCGCUCCAAAAUUGGCUCAGGCACAAACCUCGAGGCCAUCACGACAUGUGAACUCUGCAAGGAGAAGCUGCGCUUGGACAUAGACAACUUCGACAUUCAGGAGUUAUACAGGACACACGUGCAGGUGAAGUCAGAAUACGAUGACUUCAUCAGCAGCGGUCUCUAUCUGGUGGUGCUGCUGCACUUCUGUGAGCAGAGGUUCUCCGAUGUCCUGGGAGCAGUCGAUGCAGCUGGGUUGUUCAACCUGGUGAGAAUCCUUCACGACCACAUGGACGAUCUUGAAAGUUCUCAGAGUGAUGGGGAGGUGCCGGACAUCAGACCGUCCAUUGAGUUCUCCGACCUGGACGACGACCUUGAAGAGGAUUACUGAUUAUGUGAACGUGGCUGAAUGAGGGUUAGAAAACAACAACAAAACAAAAGUGGGUCAGAUUAUUUUCAAGUUGGAGGGCUAUUCCAUACCACAUGGUAGCUCACUCACAUUUUCACACACGUCACAUCAUCAUCAUCAUGUUCAUCAGAAAAAAAAGAUUGCAAGUGAGAAAUGCCAAGUGCACAGAACACGUCUCUUGCCUUCGUCGCAGGUGUUUUUUUGUUUUUUUGCAAAUAUGCAAACUUGAAACAAACUAGUGCGUAAAACCUUCUGUCUGACACCACUGUAUCAUGAGCGUGCACUUUAUUCAGUUCUGAUCGAAUCAAAAUGCAAGUCUUUUUAUCUGUUAUACCACAAGUGCUUUAAUAUUGAAAUUAGGCAGAAAUAGUGAAGUUGAGUUUUGAUGGUGAGAUGGAAAAAAAGAAGUGGUGAUUAUUAAAUUUGUUGUCAGUUUUCCUGAUUAUUCCCACUGACACUGUAAAAAAGAAAGGACUUGCAACAAUUUUUCUUCAUCUUUGUUUGUGUCUGAUAUGCUUUAUGUAUGUACAAAUCUAGUUUCAUGCUUUAAAUUUUGGGAAUAAAUAUUGAAUGCAUA